AUGGCAGGUGACCGGCAGCAUCAACCGAAGAUCGUCAUCGCCGGUGCUGGAAUCGGCGGUCUCGCAGCGGCACUGUCCUUGCACGCGGCCGGCUUCACCGACAUCCACAUUUUCGAAGCGGCCUCACAACUCACAACUCUCGGUGUCGGCAUCAACGUUCAGCCUUCGGCAGUUCUCAUCCUUCGCAACCUAGGAUUGGAGGAAGCACUCGAGAAGACCGGCAUCAAGACCCAAGAACUUAACUUCUACAAUCGUCAUGGUCAUUCGAUUCUCAGCGAGCCAAGAGGCAUCAAGGCCGGCUACGCCGUCCCGCAACUCAGCAUUCAUCGUGGCGAGAUUCAGAUGCUCCUUCUGAGUGCUGUCAAGGAACGCCUGGGCGAGGGCGCUGUCAAUCUCAACCAUGCCCUCGUUGGCUUCUCUCAAGACUCGAAGAGUAUAACGGCCGAGUUCUCACGACGACGUGAUGGUGCACCUGCAGAUCAGUCUCAAGUGACGGGCGACAUUCUGAUAGCUGCCGACGGCAUCAACUCAACAGCGAGAAAGAUUCUCUACCCUAAUGAAGGACCACCACGAUUUUCCGGCCGAAUGCUUUGGCGUGGUUGCCUGGAGCGGGAGCCCUACCUCACCGGCGCAUCGAUGGUCUGGGCCGGUCAUGCCGACCAGAAGUUCAUCGCUUAUCCCAUCAGCCAACGUUCAGCGGACAAGGGCAAAAGUCUAGUCAACUGGAUUGCGGAACUCAGGAUCAGAGAUAAGGAUGAUGAGGACCUCACGCCUCCGAAGACGGACUGGACGAAAGCCGUGAACAAGUCCGUAUUCGAGCGACCUUUCCACGGAUGGAAAUGUGGUGGGCUUGAUAUGAAAAGCUUGAUCGACGACACGGAGAAGGUGUUCGAGUUUCCCAUGAGCGACCGUGAUCCGGUUGAGAGGUGGAGUUUUGGCCGAUUGACUCUGCUCGGAGACGCUGCUCAUGCCAUGUACCCGAUCGGCUCUAAUGGCGCCUCGCAGGCGAUCAUCGAUGCCGAGACAUUGGCAAGAACACUUGUGGAGAGCGGAGAGAAUGUGGAGGCCGCCUUGAAGGCGUACGAGUCGGAAAGACUACCAGCUACGGCCAGGAUCAUUAUGGCGAAUCGCGCCAACGGGCCUGAUCAUGUGUUGCAGCUGUGCGAAGAGCGAGCACCGGAUGGGUUCGAGAAUGUUUAUGAUGUCGUUCCGAAAGAGGAGUUAGAGGGCAUCGGAAAGGUCUACAAGCAGGUUGCUGGUUUUGAAAUGGACAGCGUCAACAAGAAGGCCGAGGAGACAAAGGGCGUAAGUGAAAAGCUGGGGUUGAAGAGUCCGAAGGACUGGAUUUGA